GGCACUGCAAAACCUGCCUCUUCCGCUUUUCCCCAACCCCCAAAGAGAACACCCAAUGGCAGCCACGGCGAUGGAGCACGACGGCGGCGUCGAGGUGGUCACUCCGGGGGAGCUCCUCGGGACCUCCUCGUCCUUCGUAGCCGGGCACGGAGCCUACGCCGACGGCCGCUCCGUGCGCGCUUCGGUCACAGGACACCGCCGCAUCGUGCCUCCCUCUCCCGACUCUCCCGACAAGAGGUCCACGGUGGAGGUGGUCGGGCACAAGGCCCAUGGAGCUGUGCCGCAGCCGGGCAGCGUCGUUAUUGCCCGUGUGACGAAGGUUAUGGCUAGGGUGGCUUCUGCAGAUAUAAUGUGUGUUGACUCAAAGGCUGUCAAGGAAAAGUUCACUGGCAUGAUAAGGCAGCAAGAUGUUCGUGCAACUGAGAUUGAUAAGGUGGAUAUGUACCAGUCAUAUCGACCUGGCGACAUUGUUAGAGCUCUGGUUCUCUCUCUUGGCGAUGCAAGGGCAUACUACCUUUCAACUGCCAAGAAUGAACUCGGAGUUGUUUCUGCCCAAAGUAUAGCUGGCGGUAUGCUGGUCCCAACCAGUUGGACUGAGAUGCAAUGCGAAUUGACUGGCCAAAUUGAGCAAAGAAAAGUUGCAAAAGUGGAAUAGACUUCUUAUUUACUAUGGCAGAUAGGAAAGUUAUGGUGGUGUACAAGGAGUAUGUUUGAUCAACAAUCGCUGUGUCCAUGGAGUAAUCAAGAUGGGGCUCGUUUAGCUUUACUCGUGUUGCAUGAUUUCGAGUACACGGCGAUCCUGAUUAAAUGAGGGAGCGUGUAAUACAGUUAUGCCUUUUUUGUGCGAAUACAGUUACGCUUCUUGAAUGUAUUUUAGGCCUUUUUCGGGUCAAGAAUUUCAAUGAGAUCCUGAUGUUUCGUGUUC